CUUCAGACACAUUCGGCUCCGUCGAUCAACCAACCUCUUGCCCCAGAUAAACCCACCCGGAAGGUUAUCUCAAUAUCUUACCAAUCGAACAUGGAAGAUUCAAUGCUACCAUCGCCACCACCGAAGCCGGACUUCACCAGUCGUAUCAAACUGAAACAUCGAUAUACAGAAUUGAAAUCUAUUUUCUAUGAGAUAAAGAAUCGUUCUAAUGGCUACAAGGCUGAGCUUUCAGAAAAGGAGUCCAAAGAGAGCAAACUGAGAUCUGAAUGCGACUUGAUUCUCGAUCAAAUUGAAUUGAUCCGCACUCGAUUGCCCUUGCCUUCGAACGAUGAUGCAUCACUUGACGAGGAACCAGAGCGAAAGAGAAUCAAACGCUAUCAAACCCACGAUCCUUCAUUACCAUUUCUUUUCGAUUCAGAUGGUGAAGAAGACGCAGGAGAAGAGGACGCAGAUGGAUAUAAUGAGAGAGAUGACGAGAGUGAAGGUGGGAGGACCGAAAUGGAUGCAAGCUCUAUCACGUCGCUCGGAACUCAAUCAAUCGGCGCACAGCCUUCCCGACCACCGAUAGAUCAGGAUAUGAAUGGCGAAGAAGAUGCUGACGCUGAAGUAGAUGAAGAUGAUGAAGAUGAUGAAGACGCAGAAGCAGACGAAGACGAUAGUGAUGACGCCGAUGAUGGACAACUUGAACCAAUCCAAUCUUACCAACCCUGAAAUUGAUUCGGCUUUGAAUAGAUC